AUGCCUUCCGUCAGGAUAAGGAAGACUCCAUCUACAUAUCUUCUCCUCCCCACCAGAUUCGACAAUGAUAUCGAGGCAUCAUCAUCGCGGUCCAUCACGGUACGCGGACAGCGUAGUAUGGGCAGCCUUCCCAGACCUACCAACGCGCAAAUUGUUUCUGCUCCGGGCAACAAGCAACGUUUGAGGAGCCACACGACAAGUGGGGCGUUCGAGUCUGUUUCCCGCCCUCCCAUUAACCGUGGAAGGUCUGGGUCUAGAAGUAAGGUCGUUGAGCACGUUCUAGCCUCUCGCAGGCCAUCCGUGUCAUCUCCCUCGCUGUCACAUCACGGUUCUCCUGCAGUAGACGACCAUGGGACCAUCAGGGAUAGGUUGCAAGUUUCUCAGACCGACAUUUCGACUCACAGCCAACCUGGUGUCAGGGCACCCGGUAUCGUAGAAAGCGCACUCGAACCGCAACAAAGCCAGCAGCUCGACGAAAGUAUUAUCCAUGAUGAUAUAGUGGAUCAUUUGGAUGCAAUUGGUAUUGCUGGAUUUCUUUCAGCGUUAGGUUACACUGUUCUUAUGCCUCCAGAUCCUCAGGUCGCUAUUGUAUCUAGUCUGGCCAAUGCCGCUAAUUCUAUUCUAAUCCCUCCGUUGAGCUUCUACUCUCGAAAACCAGUAAUUGCGUUGUUUUAUCCCAGUGGACGACAAGGCCGGGACAUGGAAUUCGCUGGACAUGCUCAAAUUGAAUUUGAUGGCAUGGACGAAUUAUUAGACAGACAUGUCGAAGAUGUUCUAACUGGUCGGUCCAAGGUCAAGCGUACACUCCAAGGCGUUUGGUCGUUUUUGAAAACACCGAUAGGCAUCAUAACGGGCAUUUACGGUUUUCUUGUUGUGUUCUGGGGAGCUGCGCUGGUGUUAUUUUUGCUGAAGUGGAUUAAUCUACACAAUGCAAAUACCCAGGGUUUUUGGGUUGAAGUAUGCUCUCAGGUCGUGUGUGGUUUAUUCACCGUCACCGGUAUUGGCCUAAUCCCUGCGCGUGCUCUUGACACAUAUAGAAUCUGUAAAGUUUGGCACUACAAGCAUAAAACAACGAAGCUACGAGAUAAAGCUGGUCUCCCUCAGCUAUUCGAUGUCGAUGACUUGCCCGAUCCUGCCUACGACCCUUCCUUUGUCCAUGUUCUCACUGAACGGGAGCAACAGGAUUUACAUCAUCAACAAGUUAAGUUUCACGAGAGUCAGACAUGGUACCGCCCACACGGUACUGUGACCCACCGAGCAUUUCCAAUCAAUACGGCACUCUGGAUAUGUCUCUUUAUCGAUGGAAAUUCUGCCUUUCAGGUCAUGCUGUCAAGUUGCAUGUGGUCUAUGAACCGAUUUGAGCGACCGGCGUGGACCACAGGAUCACUCAUUCCCGCGUCGUUUUUGUGCGGGAUAAUCGCUGCAAUAUUGAUUUGGCGAGGUGGAAAACUGACCAGACGCACGGAGAAGAUCGAAAACACCCUACGAACGGCGCUUGCGAUGGACCAGUACGAUGGUCUUUUGCACGUGCCAACCACAAAUAUUUCGACAAAUUAUCCUAGUGAACUCCCCGGCCAAACCAGUACCGCCGGUACACAUGACUUGCACGCGUCUUCGGAGAAGCGUGAUAAUAGCGGUGCGAUCUGUGCUCCUCCAGCAGUAUCGCCUAUUGUAGAAGAAAUGAUGAUUAAAUAG